CAUGGAGCUGGUCACUGCUCCUGUAUAACUAUAAUAUAUAUAUAUAUAUAUAUAUAUAUAUAUAUAUAUAUAGGCAAAUCUAUUACAGUAAGUUAAAGCCCAUAGUUUUAGGCAGAUUAUGUUUGUUUUUUUUUUUUAGGAAUUUGUGUUCCCUUCAUAAAAGGUUUGUGCAUAGAAUGAUAACCGAGACCAGCGUAAGGGCAUUAGUGGCACAUAGUAUUUUCCCAAGCCUUCAUCCUGCUGUACAGAGUAGAUCAGUAGUGAAGGAGCACAUUCAGAUAUACUGUUUGUUUACGUGUGGAAACAAUGUGUGAUGUUUAGUAUAACAUUUCUAUGUAAGAAGCAAUUAACUUAUAAGUGAAUUCCCAGUCGCUGCUGUGUCUCCUUCCUUCAUUACUCGGCAUUUGUGUAAUGAAAGACUUCUGGGCUUGUGCUCAAUCUAUCAGUGCCCCCCAUCCCCCGCCAACGGCAGCUCCAGAUAUUUAUAGCAUUGAAAAGGAGUAAAUCUGUCAUGCUUUAUGGCUAAGAUUCAAGAUAUCUUUAAAACUGAGCUUUCUGUCACAGCUGCCAUGGAUCUGAAAUCUAUUGUUUUAUUUCUGUAGCAUUUAUGGCAGUGGUUCUUUAGCAGUGGGGCUGACCCACCUCGGGGUGCCUCUAUCUGGAGGCAGGUACCUGAAAUCCUGACUUGAAGGGCAAUCAAAGUAAAUCUUUGGGACUGAGAUAAUCAGUGAAAGUAACGUGUGCCAUUACUGUUACACCCAUUAUUGACUUAUCGUUUAUCAAUCAAAGAGAUAAAGAGUUGUUUUAAAACAUGCAAUUUUUUAAAAUUCUUUCAAAAGAAUUUACAUUUUAACGGGACUUCAUUUCAGCUUUUUUCUGCUUUCCUGUGUUGCCUCCCAAACCCUGUAUAAGCCAAUCAGCUAGAAGGGCCUGUUUUUCCUGAUAAUGAAUUCUAUCCCCUUGCAUCAGUCCAUGUCUAGAUAUACAAAGGCACUGUAAAUUGUACACAUUCUUUUUGAAAUGUUUUUUUUUAUAUAUAAAAGCUAUUUGACUUUUAGCAUCUCUGUCUCAUAAAUGGUGUAGAGCAGCGACUCCAUAGCAAUGUUAAUAUAAUAACAUCCAUAAGCAAUGCAUACAUUGUUCAUGUUCAGAGGUAAAGAAUUAAAUGCACUAAAAAAGGAUUCAGUUUGACUGCCGUCCCUGGAACAGCAGGGAGGCUCCAUUACCUUUACGCCAUAAAUAUUUGAUGGGCAGGAAGGUGUAAGAUAACAGCAGUUAAAGGACAGUAAUAGGAACCUGCUGCUCCUGCACCUGGGAUAGGAAGGUAGAAUCCAAUCCCGAGCUGCCAUAGCAGCAGUUUAUUUGCUUCUCAGUGUUUUCAAGUUAUUGCUGUGUGGACUUUGUCUCGUGCAGAAAUCGAGAAACAGCAGCUCACAAGAACAAGAUGGCCAAGUUUCUGUCUCAGGAUGAAAUUCAAAAGUACAAGGAAUGUUUUUCUCUCUAUGAUAAGAAAGGCAAAGGUAAAAUCCCGGCCGGGGACCUUCUGAUUGUCAUGCGAUGCCUGGGAACCUGUCCCACACCUGGGGAGGUCACACGACACCUACAGGUCCACAAAAUCGGCAAGGAUGGGGAAGUGGACUUUUCCACCUUCUUAGCAAUCAUAUACCGGCAGCAGAAGCAGCAGGACCCAGAGAACGAGAUCAUGGUGGCCAUGUUAAUGUCGGACAAGCAGAAGAAAGGAGUCAUCCCACUGACAGAACUCAGAGCCAAACUCACUCAGAUGGGGGAGAAGCUCACACCCAAUGAAGUUGAUGAUCUCCUAAAAGGUGUUAAAGUCGGACCAGAUGGGAUGGUGAAAUAUGAAGAGUUUGUAAGGAAUGUCACACUUCCUAUGCCUGACUACUGAACUGCAAGAAAGCUACAGACCCAUAAAGUAUUUGUAUUUAGUUUAAUAGUCAACUUGCUGUAUGGAAGUCAAACUUCAGCUUCCUCAACACUACACCUUUCCCAGCCCUAGAUUAACUACUACCACCUUGCAAAGCCUUGAUAUCAUAUUUACCACCACUUUCCAGCUGCUGCAAAUAAAACUCCUAUUGCUAUCACUGAGCUGACAAAUCCUGUUUGGAAUUAUUUGCUUUGAGGUUGGCAGACCUGGCUUACCCAUACAGUGUAGAAAGCCUGAUCUGGCUAAAUGAACAAUCAUUGUGAUCCCAAUACAAGUCCCUGCAGCCAAAUGUAAAAUGACAUCCCGUAUAACAAUGUGUUGUACCUACCUUACAAUAAAGAAAUUGCCAGAAAUGCACAC